AUGUGGAGUGUCAUAUAUUUCACGUUUUGUUCUCUUUUGUUUUUUGUGAAUGGUAGAGCAAAGGAACUGCAAAAUCAAACUAACGUACCAGCAAUACUUUUCUCAUAUAAACGAUCACCAGGAAUUUCAGACCAUCAAAAAAAUUAUGACCUUGCUUUGAAUUUACCAGUUUCUGACUUCAUGAAUACUAGUGAAGAAUUACUAGAUCAUUGUAAUUCCAAUGCAUACGUUUUUAUCAAUCAACCAGGUUUGAGGAAACUGGAUUUCCUAGAUUUUAAGAAGCAUUUCAUAUUUUUACAAAAGUAUAUUUAUCAAAGUUCCAAUGCUCUCAAAUUUGAAAAAGUUGAUAUACUUCCAAACGACACAUUCCAUAAAUUAAUGGAGCAUGUAAAAGAUAAAUGCGAUAUUAAGAAGACUAUCAAAAUAAAAGGGAACGUUACCGAGGAUUUUGAACCAUAUUAUGAUGUGGACAGAAGAGUGAUACGAAUUGACUAUCCACCAUUACCUUUAGAACGAGAAGAAAGACAACAUGCCAUCGAAUCGUAUGACUUGUUCUUAAGGUUUGUUCUUGCUCAACUCCCUUCUCCUGAAUUAACUGUCAUCUACACGUCAUUGGAACCUGGUGAAGUAGAUCCAUUGGAAUCCAUUAUUCCUGUGGAGAUAUUCCCAGAAAUUUUUAAAAACAAGAUUGACGAGGAGAAAAAUGAUAGAAUCAAAGAACCUGAACCAGUGUUUAAUGAAUUCCGUCCUAGAUUUCUUGGAAUGACUUCAAAAUAUAUUUCUAUCUUUGAUCCUGAUUUUAUAAAGGAAAAUAUCGUAUUGUUGCAAGGUAUAGUUACUUCAGUUGUAGGCUUUAUUAUGGUUCAGGUUUUUCUUUAUCUACGGAAGGAUACAGAACAAGUUAAAAUCGACAGUAAAAACGUCGUCGAGAAAGAACCACGUAUGAAUGAACUGAAAACCAAGACCAGAAGCACUGCGGAAAAUAAUAAUGAAGAAGUUGUUACCAGAAAAAAAUAUGAGCAAUGA